CGUUGUUCAGCAGACCGGGAUCUGCGCAGCGCCUGCACGAACUUCAGCCCUCGCCUGCCGCAAAAGACCAGGGCCCCGGGCCUUUCUAAGCCUUCGCCACCUCCAGAUUUGUCCUUGGCCCCGCCCCGCAUCACUCCUGAGGACCCUCGGGUGCAGGAGGAAGGUCCUGGAGCCCAACCAAGCCGGCACUCCGACUCUGAGGGCUUCAUCAUCAUCAUCCGGAUCCUGCCAUCCCGGGACUCCUCCAAGGAUGAUUCUGGAGGAUCUGUUGAUGGUCCUCAGUUGCCUCAGCCUGCACUCCCUCUGGAAGGUCCAAGCUGUUCCUAUCCUGCCCCUGAGCCUGGUUCCAGACACAUUCGAUGAUGCUUAUGUGGGCUGCUCUGGGGAGAUGGAGGAGAGAGCAGGCCUGCUGCUGGAGGAGGAGAUGGCACGCCAUGCCCUGUUCCGGGAAUCCUGGGAAGCAGCCCGAGAGGCCUGGGCACACCGGCGCCACACGCUCACCCUACCGCCUGGCUUCAAAGCGCAGCAUGGAAUAGCUGUUAUGGUGUACACCAACUCAUCCAACACCUUGUACUGGGAGCUGAACCAGGCUGUGCGGACAGGGGGCGGCUCCCGGGACCUCUACAUGAGGCACUUCCCCUUCAAGGCCCUGCAUUUCUACCUCACCCAGGCCCUGCAGCUGCUGCGGGGCUCUGGCGGCUGCAGUAGGGGAGAUGGGGAGGUGGUAUUCCGAGGCGUGGGCAGCCUUCACUUUGAGCCCGAGAGGCUGGGGGACUUGGUCCGAUUAGGACAGUUUGCCUCCAGCUCUCUGGAUGAAACCGUGGCUCGUGGGUUUGGUAAUGCCACUUUCUUCAAUCUAAGGACUUGUUUUGGGGCUCUUAUCCAGGCUUUGUCUGUCUUCCCUGAGGAGCGUGAGGUGCUGAUACCCCCACAUGAAGUCUUCUUGGUCACUGGGUUCUUCCAGGAUGGAGCCCAGAGCGUAGUGACUCUCUGGAGUUAUAAUCAGACCUGCAGCCACUUUAACUGCGCCUAUUUGGGUGGGGAGAAGAGGCAUGCCUGUGUGUCCUCUGCAGCAGAAGGGCAGCCAGAGUUAUCCUCCACAGAGGCCUUGGCUCUGCAAUCGGGGAAGACGCUGCUCUUGGCCCCUGGGGAGUUGCAGCUCUUGAGCGCUGGUCCCUGAAAGUCUCUUGGGAAUCCUGGGAACUGAUGACCUUUCUAUGAAGAAGAGGCUUUGAGUGGCCUCAAGAUGCCAGAGUGUGGAUCUGGUUCUGGUCCUAGGGGCCACCUCUCCAAUCAGGGUUGGAGACUUGAGGCCAUGGCAAGGCUGAGGGAACCCCACUUCCCAGGACGUGCAAGGUCAAGACUGGAUGGCUACUCAAUUAAACG